GUCUGGCUUCGCUGUCCCUUCAGUGCACGUGGGGGGGGGGGCACAAAGAUGCUGAGGCUGGGCCGCACCAAGCGUGGGCCCUGGGGCACCUUCUGGGCCAUCCUGACCUUGGUGGGCCUGGCCACGCGCGCAGCCCAGAGAGCUGAUGUCGGGGGCGAGGCCGCGGGCACCUCCAUCAACCACUCCCAGGGGCUGCUCCAGCGCCUGCAGGAGCUCCUGCGGCAGGGCAACGCCAGCGACGUGGUGCUGCGGGUGCAGGCUGCGGGCACCGACGAGGUCCGCGUCUUCCACGCCCACCGCCUGCUGCUGGGCCUGCACAGCCAGCGGUUCCGGGAGCUGCUGAGCAACCAGAGCGAGGUGCUGCUGCAGGAGCCCGCGGACUGCGCCGCUGUCUUCGACAAGUUCAUCAGGUACCUCUACUGCGGCGACCUGGUGGUGCAGCUGGCCCAGGCCAUCCCCUUGCACCGACUGGCCGCCAGGUACGGCGUGGCCUCCCUGCAGCGGGGCGUGGCCGACUACAUGCGCGCGCACCUGGCGGGAGGCGCGGGCCCGGCGGUGGGCUGGUACCACUACGCGGCGAGCACCGGGGACGAGGCGCUGCGCCAGAGCUGCCUGCAGUUCCUGGCCUGGAACCUGUCGGCGGUGGCGGGGAGCGCCGAGUGGGGCGCCGUGAGCCCCGAGCUGCUGGCGCAGCUCCUGCCGCGCUCGGACCUGGUGCUGCAGGACGAGCUGGAGCUGUUCCACGCGCUGGAGGCGUGGCUGGGCCGCGCGCGGCCGCCCCUCGCGGUGGCGGAGCGGGCCCUGCGCGCCAUCCGCUACCCGAUGAUCCCGCCGGCGCAGCUGUUCCAGCUGCAGGCGCGCUCGGCCGCCCUGGCGCGCCACGGCCCCGCGGUGGCCGACCUGCUGCUGCAGGCCUACCAGUUCCACGCCGCCUCGCCCCUGCACUACGCCAAGUUCUUCGACGUCAACAGCAGCGCCUUCCUGCCCCGCAACUACCUCGCGCCCGCCUGGGGCGCCCCGUGGGUCAUCCACAACCCAGCCCGCGACGACCGCAGCACCAGCUUCCAGACGCAGCUGGGCCCCAGCGGCCACGACGCGGGCCGCCGCGUCACGUGGAACGUGCUCUUCUCGCCGCGCUGGCUGCCCGUCAGCCUGCGGCCCGUCUACGCCGACGCCCCGGGCACCGCGCUGCCCGCCGCGCGCCCCGAGGACGGCCGGCCGCGGCUGGUGGUCACGCCGGCCAGCAGCGGCGGCGACGCGGCGGGCGUGAGCUUCCAGAAGACCGUGCUGGUGGGGGCGCGCCUGCACGGCCGCCUGCUGGUGCGCCACGCCUACAGCUUCCACCAGAGCAGCGAGGAGGCGGGCGACUUCCUGGCGCACGCGGACCUGCAGCGGCGCAACUCCGAGUACCUGGUGGAGAACGCGCUGCACCUCCACCUCAUCGUCAAGCCCGUCUACCACACCCUCAUCCGGACCCCCCAGUAGCCAAGGGGCGGGGACGGGGAACCUGGCGUCCCAGGCGCUUCGGGGCUGGGAAAUAAAGGCCUGGCAUCGUGGCCUGGGGACUGGCAGGGGCGCUGCAAGGGGUGGUGCCGACACUGCCCCCUGAAUAACCAGGUGCCGGUGAGGGCGGAUGGAGCCCAGGUGAGGAGUGGUAGACCAGAUGCCUGGGUUCAGCAGCUGAUUCCACAACUGACUUGCAGAGGAUACUUUUGGUUGAAUAAACAGAUGCUCAGAGAAGCGAGGGAUGAUUGAACCACCCAGACCC